AUGAGUCAUUCUAGUAGUAACACCAGUUCAUCUUCUUUGAACCAUCACAACCACCACAACCAUCCACAACACGUGGUGUACAGCUAUCCUUCAUCAUCCUCGUCAGCAUCAUCAUCAUCGGGAGGAAGUACUAGUAUGGUUACAACUCCUUCUCAACAACAACAACAACUCGGUUCAUUUCACAUGAUGAAUUCACAACAACAACAACAACCACCAAUUCCACAACACUCAUCCACAUCACUUCAUCCACUUCCACCCUUUUCAGAAUCUUCUACAAUUCUUCCUGUCCAUUCUCAUGUGAAUACUCUUUCACAACAACAACAACAACAACAACACCUGUCAACAAAUUCCACAACAAAUUUCACAAAUUCCACAACAACACCAACACCCACCACGACUACCGAUCAUUUGACUCAACUCAUGAAUACAGUCACUUUGGUGAGUCAACACAAUUCCUACUCUCCUUUAUUGACUACGAGUGGUAGCAGUAGUAGUAGUGGUGGUAGUGGAAGUGGAAAUCAUCACACCACUACUGGUCAAAGUGGUGGAAAUGGAUCUUCGUUUUUUAAUUCAUUGAGUGGAAUGAAUUCAAACACUUCGAAUGGAAUGAUGAAUUCAGAAAGUAAUUUGGUGAUGGGUCAUCAUCAUUCCCAAUUUGGAUCCAAUGAUUCCUUGAUGAUGAAUAAUUUAACAUCUUCCAUGUUUCAACAAGUGAAUGGAAGUGUCACAUCAUUACUUGGAGUGAUCACUCCUUCUCAACCGACUGUCCACUUGUCGGAUGGUCACGUGUUUGAAAAUUCACCACAAAAUCAACAAUUGUUGACAUCUUCAUUCUUUUCUGCAUCGGCAUCCAAUGUAUAUCCUCCAACUGCCAUUUCUAAAGCAACUCUAUUUGGUAAAAUUAAUCAACAACGAGCUGGUUUUCCAGUGUGUUACAAUGUCCAAACUGCAAAAGUGACCAUUAAAUUAUUUAUCAAUCAGAAUGCAACAUCUCCCAUUCUAACCAUGACACAAAACAGAGUUUAUCAAUACAAUGAAUUUGAAAAACUAGUUCCCAAGUUAAAUCUAAAUGAGAUUGCCAUUUUUGGAUUUGUGGUAUUUUGUGAAAAUUCCUCUAAAAAGAGAGAAGUUUUGACACCCAUUGAUACCUAUUACAGUCAAUCUGUGAAUAAUGCUGAAUUUAGUGUCAAUGUUGCAAUUGGUACUUAUGGAAGAAAGUGCAGUGCUGAUCUUGUGAAACAUUGUGGAUUUAUUGUGGCAUAUCGAAUGGAUCGAGAUGCUUUUAUGAAACAAUCGAAUAAUGGUUCAAGUUUUUUCAGUGAUGACACGGCUCCUUUCGAUAAAGCAUUUGUACAGGAAGUGAGAUUUGGCUUUCGAAAGAAGGCAGGAAGAGAGAAAUUACCACUCAUUAAGGAACCUAUUUUAUGUGACGUUUCAAAACCUAUUGAAUAUUAUGAUUUUACAAGUAAUCAACAAAUUAACAAAUUGGAUGAUUUGUUGUACACACAUUAUCAACCCAUUACUCGAUUUGUGACAAGUGUGCAAGAAGCAGCAGAUGCUGUUGUGACACAACCAUUGGAUUCACUCUCUGUGAAAGAUAUUAAGAACAUGUCAAGUGUUGCUGCUUCUUCGAGUAGUCAUACUAGUGGAAUGCUCUCUCCUUCUGCAACUACGACCACUUCCAUGAUGGAUGACAGUACCUCCGAACAAACAGCUGCUACACAUUUAGAAACUGUCUUUCCAUCAUUAAUGGUACAACCAUCGCAACAUCCUCAACAACCACAACAAACGCAACAUCAUCAACAACCACAACAAACGCAACAUCAUCAAACACAGUCAUCCAAUCAACCUCAAGCAAAUGAAAUGACACCCGAGUCCAAAUUUGAAGAAGAUGGUUUUGACAUGUAUAUCAACAUGUCCAUCAUGGAAAAUUUAUCAAAAUCAAGUAUUGAACGAUGGGCACCUAUUGAACCCAUUGUGAAUGAACAUCCAAGUUAUUUGGCUGUGUUGUUGGGACUCAUUUACUCGAGAGGAUCCUUUUCGAUUGUUGAGAACAAAAAUUCUUCGAACAUUCCAAUUAAUAUCAAUGCCAUUUCAACACUACUCACCAAAUAUUAUGGUACAGUCACAGUAGGGACACUUGUUGGUAAUGUGCAAAUUGAUUUGAAAGAUGUGUUCAUGAAUAAUGACAUUAAUUUACUGUUAGUCUAUCUUCAAGUCAAGGAAUUAGUUCCAUGCUUUAUUGCUGGUGUAUAUUUGUAUUGCUUACUUUAUUACACGAAGAGUGAUUUAGAUAAGCAAGUCAUGAAGGAUUAUGUUGUAAAUAUGAGAACGAUAUAUACACAAGUGACACAACAAUUCUAUUUGGAGGAUUUCAAAACCACAUUGGAUAUUGGUGACGCAUUGGCAAGAGAUUAUUCAGUUGAAUUUAUGAAUCUGGCAUUCAAAAAGUUGAAGAAUUACACUGUAAAAAUUGGAAAGUAUUACAACAAGUUAAUGGCAGAACAUGGCAUUGAGCAAAUUCCUCAAAAUGUAGAAUUUAACAAACAAGAGCGUUUGGAGACUGUAAUUAAUGGACUCAGCAACUUUUUCCUUGGCAAUGAAAAUCAAAAAAAGAGAGAACGAGGAAUUGAAUAUUCUGGAGCUGGAUCAAGCUUUACUGGAAGUGAUUUUGUACUGCACAACAAACCGAGGAGAACGUUUGCACUUCAAAAGUAUGAAGAUCAGAAACUUAAAGUUUUUGAGGCUGAUAGAAAUCUCAUGUACAUGCAAUCCUGUUAUUCUUCCAAUCCUAUUGCUGAAAAUUCAGAGGUUCUACAAACAUUGUGUGAAUUGGAAAUGAGGCGUUUGCAGUUGGAGAAAGAAUUUGAGGAAAAACUACGUAUCUUGGCGGAGAAGGAAAGAAACAUGUUUUAA